UUGGUCUGUGACGAGAUGUUCAAUUCUGAUUGCUGAAUUCUCUCUAAUCAUUUCUCAGCUCUCUCCCAAACUUGUUCAACGUAUGAAUAUGUGCAUUUUUCAGGACUAUUUUGGUCCGUUCAAAAUUUAAUUGCAAACAGUUUCCAAGAAAGAUUUUUACGCGUUAAAACUAAAGAUUUGUCACAGAAUACGACAUUAAAAAUGCCGUUGCUGCAAUUGAAUAUAGGCGAAGAGGACGUGGUGCGGUUGAUAUUGGAAUUUCUUCACACACGAGAACUGCACAUCACACAGCUAUCGCUGGAACGAGAAACUGGUGUGAUCAAUGGCAACUACGCUGACGAUGUACUGUUCCUGCGUCAACUCAUCCUAGAUGGGCAAUGGGACGACGUGUUGGAGUUCAUACAGCCGCUUGGCGCACUAAAAGAUUUCGAGACGAACAAAUUCAAUUACGCAAUUCUCAGACACAAGUACAUAGAACUGUUGUGUAUUAAGUCAGAGAUAAAAGCGUACAAUAAUGUUGAAAACAUAGUCGACGAAGUCGUCAAAGUACUCAGUGAACUAGAAAAAAUUGCGCCCAGCAAAGAAGAAUACUCCAAUUUAUGCUUGCUUUUGACCCUCCCCAGUAUAACUGAUCAUGCACAAUUCAAGAAAUGGAAUCCCAGCAACGCGAGGGUGCAAUGUUUUCGGGAAGUGUACCCUCUUGUGGAGCAAUUCUUGCCGUGCGACAAGAAGCCGACCACGAACGGCGCUGCACCCAAAAGCGCUAAGAAUGACCGCUUAAUGCAGUUGAUAAUAAAGGGAAUUCUGUACGAAGCGUGCGUUAACUACUGCCAAAGCAAAGCGACAGGAACGCAGGAGGCGAAGGUGAACUCUGUCGACUUCUCAGAGAUGUUGGACAUCCCUGGAUUCGACGAAUCGGAUUUGAGCUUGCUGUCCUGGUUGCAGUCUAUUCCAUUUGAGAUAUUCAGUAUUCCUUUCGAGCAGCGGCUGCUGAACGUUGAACUGGAAAGGCUCGUCCGUCCGUCAUUGCACACGUCUUGGACGGAGCACAUGCUCGUAACGCCGAUCAAGCCGCGCACGUUCCCGCACUUGGCGAUGCCGUUCAGGAGGCCGAGGUCUGCCGCGGACGCCAUGACGAGGUCGCUCCGACCUUUGCCCGAUGGCGCGCCUCGCCACCCGGCCGUCAUGGCGCUGUCCGCUAUAGACUACGGACCGACUACCUCGUACUUCGCCGGAUUCCAUCUAACGGGCAUGAAGGACAGUAAACUCAUGAAUACCUCAGUCGACAGACUGUUCGACGGGCAAAGCGAUGAAUUCAGUAAAUCUGUUCAUCAAUUCAGCGAGAAAUUGAAACCUAUUGAAGAGCAAACUAAAACACCCGGGGAAAAUUCUAAGAGUAACGAGACGAGUAGCGUCGGAGUAUCGAAUGCAACGACUCCGGAACGGAAGCCCCGGAAUUUCGCCACUUCGAUGCCCAUAUCAAAGGACGGCGAGAACGCUGGUGGGCCCUCGCAAGCGGAUGCAUUGCAACCUUCCGGAGAAGGAGACUUCAGGAGAGAGCUGCUGAAGGAAUAUCAAAUACAGAAGCAACGUGAAUGCGACGAUUAUCUACGGAAUCUCUGCUCGUCGGAAAUAAGGCCACAGAACCAGUUGGAUCAAACAUUUCACCCUGGUUUGGAUUAUGCAGGGCCACGUGCAGAUGUAUCCGAGACUUUUGUGGAUUCGACAUUCAAUUUACGCGAAGAAUCAUUUACAGAAUUCCAAGAAAGGGCUAACUUCGAGAAUGAAGUAAUCAUCUCUGGAUCAGCGAAUCUGACAAUAGUCAAAAACAGUCUGAACCGAGCAAGUCCGACCCCAGUGUCUGUACCACCAACCGCCACCACAACGGCGCCACCGGUCGCGGAGGUCAACGGCUCCAGGCCCACCUUCAAACCUGUGACGGUGCUGGAAGACCUGCAGGCUGUCAGAUGUGCAGAGUUCCAUCCAAACGGGAAGCUGUACGCGGUUGGCUCUAACACUAAGAACUUGAGAAUAUGCACCUACCCGAAGCUGAGUGAUGUCAAAGAUGAUAGACGUGAGUUAUCGGCACCAACAGUACUCCUGAAAAGGACCAAACACCACAAGGGCAGUAUUUAUUGUCUCGCCUGGAGCCCAGCGGGUGAUCUACUGGCUACUGGCUCCAAUGAUAAAACUGUGAAGCUCAUGCGGUUUAACAGCCACACAUGCAAUCUGGAAGGGCAGGAAGUAGAACUGGCGAUGCACGACGGCACUGUGAGGGAUGUAUGCUUCAUAGAGGACACAUCGAACAAAGCCAGUUUGCUGGUGAGCGGUGGUGCCGGGGACUGCAAGAUAUACGUCACUGAUUGCGCCACCGGCAAGCCGUUUCAGUCGCUGACAGGUCACUCGGGUCACGUGCUGUCACUUUACAACUGGGGCGGAGCUAUGUUCGUAUCCGGCAGUCAAGACAAGACUGUCCGCUUUUGGGAUCUGCGCGUUGGUGGCUGCGUCAACGUCAUCUCGCCGCCCACCGGAGUUCCGUCCAGGGGUUCUGCGGUAGCGUCCCUAGCUGUGGACCCGAGCGGAAGGCUCCUGGUCUGCGGCCACGAUGACGGCUCAUGUGGCUUACACGACGUGAGGGGCUCCCGGGCUUUGCAGCGCUUCAGCCCACACUCAAGUGACGUGCGCAGCGUACGGUUCUCGCCCGGCGCCUAUUACUUGCUCACGGGGGGAUACGAUGGAAGGGUUAUGCUUACUGAUAUGCAAGGUGACCUCACGUGCGCACUGCCGAGCGUUCUCGUCGCCCGACACCCCGACAAAGUGAUAUCGGCGAGGUGGCACCCGGAGGACUUCUCGUUCCUGUCCACAUCAGCGGACAAAACCGCCGUGCUCUGGACCAUCCCACCGGUGUAGAACUACAGCAGGACAGACCAAUGCUAAUUAAACCUUAGGCCUAAGAAAUUCGAGCUCGUAUUAUAAAUGGUCGCUAUUCCAGCUCCUUGGGAUCUCAAGGUCAACGGUUCUCCGCGUUAUUUGGCCCGCCCAUUGCCGAACAGUUAUACGCAGCGUUGGUAGAUCUCCGACUAGGUCAACAUACCAUAUCAAAAAAGUAGCACGGAGUUGCUGAACGCACAAGACAGCGGUACUAGGAACUCUACAAAAACACGUCCAGCGGUAGACUAUGAUAAUAACUUAAUUUUCCAUCACAAUCUCACAGUUUCAAAUAAGUGCAUUACGAUCUAUUUAUUAUAAAGAUUUAAUAUUUAUAAUAUUUAUUAAUAACUAAAUAUCUGCACUUCAUCUGUAGUUCAAAAUAUUGUCUAUAGUUUAUGAAGUUGACCAUGGUGGGGAUCUUUUGCAACCUUGACUCCAACAACCGUAUCGUGUACCUUUUUGUGUAGGUUACAGCGUUAGUUAUACCGUCGCUUAAGUGAAAUUGCAGUCAAGGGCUAGCUUGUAAUAAAAAUUUCGUCUCGAAUAUAAUAUUUAAAAUUAUCAUAAUCAUCGAACCAUUCGGAGCACGUCCGAAGCUGGACAUAGGGUCUUUGUCCUUAAUUUCAGGGUGAUGUGCCAAAUAUAGUGUGAAUAUGAAUUGUUUAACAUAUAUAAUACUUGUUCGAAUUUCAUUACCUUCAGAUUAUGUUAAUUAUCUCAUUAUAUCAUUCAAUAAUCGAAAGUAAGAGAAAUUUUAUUUAGUCUUGUUGCAAAUAGUACUUAUCCAAAUAUAGAAAAAUAAAGUAUAUUUGUAACACCUCUCGGAAUGGGGUUACAACAGCUCAGCAUAUGUCGUGCAUUUUGUUUCUCAUAAAAUUAUAGUUCCUUCGCUCAAAUAGUCAUUUUCAGCCUGCUCAUGCUGAAAGGCGGGCGUCGGCUGUUUCAAAGACUCGGCACGUUCUCGUGUUUUGAUGAAUUCAGAUGAAUGUUAAUGAAAUAAUGAAUUUAUAUUUCUCUAAAUGAAAUAUAUAAUAUAUAUAUUAUAUAUAUUACUUCUGGAUAAAAUAGAGUUGUAAUUUAAAUGCUGAGCUGAUGUAUAGGUUUGUCUAUAAACCGAAAUAUCACAAUAUAUGUCUUCUUAAAUUUAUAUCUUUCUUUCUAUGUGCAAUAGCGGCAUGUAUGUACAUUGUGCAUGUCAUAGUAGAUAAUAAGAUACUUAUUAAUUUUAAUUUUAAUUAAUAUAUUAUGAAAAAAAAUCCCUGUAUGAUAUUUU